AUGAGUCAUAAAGGCGAACUCCCUCGUAGAGUUGAAGACUGGACAAAAGAGCAAGUUCAUCACUGGCUGGCAAAGGACCUGAAGGUGGACCACGCCUGGGCUGACAGACUGUACAAGGAGGACGUAUCCGGGGAAGAACUGGUCUGCUUUAACGUAGAGUAUCUGCAAAAACUAGGCAUUAAGUUUGGUCCAGCUGUUCGAAUUAUAAACAAAUUAGAGACUUUAAGAAAGUCUUAUGAGAAUGAAUCACAAACUGAUGCACAGACCAACAUCUCUACAACACAAUUAUAUUCAGAGUCUCCUGGAUGUUCAAGCACUCAGGAUACUGAUACUUGGCCAAACAUAUCAGAAAGAACUGAUCACAGCAUGUCGUCAGGUAGACAGCAAUCAGGUUGUAAGAAACAGAAAAAACACAAGCAAAAAUCAGAUAAAAAAAGUUUAUCCAGUCUUGAUAUCUGCAAAGAUGAAAGCAAAAAUGAAGCAUCAUCUAGAAAUACAAUCACUCAAGAAACAGAAUCACACAUGGGAAAAUGCCUCCUUGACAGGACGACAACCAUCAACACACAACCAUAUAAAGAGCCAGGGGCAAAACUUUCCCAAAUGACUGAAAGUCAGACAACACAGAUGUCCAGAGAAAUGUCUUCCCAAAUGACUGAAAGUCAGACAACAGGGGUGUGCACAGUAAUGUCUUCCCAGAUGGACAGGAACAAAGACGUGGAAUCCUCCUCCAAAAUGCAAAUUAAAUCAAAAUCUAUAGGCAGUUUCUGUCAAUUUGACCAGCAUUCUUCUUCUCACAGAUACAUUGAGAACUACUGCUUGCCACCAGAGUCAGGACCGAGUAAUCUAACUGAUGCUGUACAUGAAUAUAAACUUUUAGCAAGAGCAGAAAACACAGAUGCAAUGAAGAAAAAAAUCAACAAAGAAGUUUUCCGGUUUGCAGCGGGAUGCAUGAAUAGCAGGACAAAUGGAACCAUUCACUUUGGUGUAGCAGAUUCCAAAAACUCCACAUAUUCUCAUGGGGAGAUUAUUGGAGUCAGUGUUGAAGAAACAGAUUCCAUCAUUGAUUACUUCAACCAGGGCAUCAAAUCAAGCUUUGAAGAAAAUCCUGAGGAUGCAAAGAGAUGCAUAAGACAGCCACGCUUUGUGGAAGUGCUGUCCUGCAACAGCACCUUGUCCGGAAAAUAUGUCAUAGAGGUGGAUGUUGUCCCAUAUCACAGCAUAGUUUGUGGAAAAAUGUACCGUAUCCGGACUUUUGAUGAGGAGAACCAAUGGAAGAAAAGCAAAGGACAUUCACUGUUUAUUAGAGAAGGAGCUGCAACUAGAGAUGUAUAUAAAAUCGGAAACCCAAGUGAGCUGCAAGCUGAACUGGUUAAAUUAAAUACAAACUUGCCUCUUCUGGACACCAUAAGAAAGGGGGCAGAAAUGAAGCCUCAAAUUAAACAAACAUCAAACGAUGGAGAAAAACUAGUUAAUCUGUUGACAUAUGGGGGAGGAACUCUCGAUUAUUAUAAUUACUAUAUAAUUGUAACAAACAAAAGCCAUCCUGAACAACUCCAGCAUCUCCAGUUUCUGACUACUCUAAAACUCUUCUGUGUGCUGGACUUUGAUCCAGAUUCUGUCAAAAAUGGAUCGUGCCAUGAAUACAGAAAAGUUCGCAUUGCAAACCUUCACACUCCAGGGCAGUUUCAUGGUGAUCCAGGUACAUUAACACAAAACCUAAAUUUGUACAAACAAACCAGUUGGAUACUGUGCAAUGGAAGAGUGGAUAUGAAUAAAGGGGGUGACAAACCACUUCCUCCGAGUGAGUGGCUGAAAACCAAAGCUGGAGAAGUGCAGGACAUGAUUUCCUACUUGUGCAAUCCAGAUAUUCUUCCAAGAGGGAGAUUCUUAGUUAUUUUUCUCCUUCUCUCUGUUGUUGAAGCCAUGAAUGAUCCCAUUUUUGAAACGUUCAUGUCAUUUUACAAGAAUCUCAGAGGAACACAAAACAUUCUAAGCAUUUGCACAUCAGUCAAUGCUUUUCAGAAAUGGAAAGACUUCAUCCAAACCAGAACAGAGCUUGAUAUCAAUGGGCAAAACAUCUGUGAAUUAGAACUCAGUCAAAUCAAUGGCUCCAUACUUGGACUUGGCAAACGCAAAAAAACAACAGAGAGACUUCUACCUUCUGACGGUGGAAGCUCGGUGCUCCUAAAACAAAUAGAUGAAGAUUCGAUGCCUGCUCUGGACGUCCUGUGCCAGAAUCAGUGUGAAAAUGUGUAUGAUGAGGACAGUGAAGAAUUUCAAGACUUCAAAAAAAGAACAGAGGCUGAAUUCUACCGAGGGGAUAAAGUAAAGUGGUGGAACUUUUAUUUCUCAGAUAAAACCCCAACAAAGCCUUUUGUAAAACGGGACAAAUACACUCAAAUCAAACAACUAAUCAGAUCUCAAACCAAAGAGCCCACAAGUACAUGUGUCAUGUUAAAUCUUUUCCAUCAGCCUGGUUGUGGUGGCACAACUUUGGCCAUGCAUGUAAUGUGGGAUCUCAGAAGAGAAUUCAGAUGUGCUGUGUUAAAAGAUAACACCGUGCCAAAGACAGAAGUGGCACAACAGGUUGCUCAGCUCUUAAGGUUUGGGAAAAGUGAGCCUUCAUUUAAAACUCCAGUCCUGUUAUUGGUGGAAGACUCAGAGGAAACCGAGAACACACAAGAGCUGCAGCACUGUUUAAGGAAAAUCAUCGGUGAACUGGAUGCCCUUGUUAUUAUCCUGAAUUGUAUACGUUCAAAAACAGCAAAAGAAAAAUAUAAAAAUUGUGUGAUUGAGAGUCAGUACAUCACUGCAGCUCUCUCAAAGGAUGAACAAAAAGCUUUUGAAGUGAAGCUUCAAGAACUUCAAGAAAUUCAUGAGACACCUGAAAAUUUUUACAGUUUUAUGAUUAUGAAAAAUAAUUUUAGCAAAAAGUAUGUGAAAGAUGUUGCAAAUAACAUCUUGAGAGAUGUUGAUGUUGGAAUCAAACAAGCACAGCUCCUCUCCAUCCUUGCACUGUUGAUGACAUAUGUAGCCGAAUCCAACAUCUCUGUAUCCAUUUGUGAGGAUUUCCUUGGCAUCAAGCGGAGACUCUGGGGUAAGGAAUCUGUGAUGGAUAAAAUGGAGCCUUACUCAUGUUUGCUAAUUGAGCUCCAAGUUGAAGAACAUGGAGUAUACAAAGCUAUACGCUUUAUUCAUCAACGGAUUGCAGCAGAGUGUGUCGAGGUAUUAAAUGAGAGGCACUGCAGCCCAAAAUCUGACAUAAUUCAGAACAUGCUACACUGUGACUUGUUUUUUGACAGGGGGAUCGGCAGAGAUAACCUUCUCCAGUCACUGAAGAGCAUGCUAAUCACACGGCAACGAAAGACAGAGGGUAACGAGAAGGACACACUUUUUUCACCAUUAAUUGAAGACAUAAAUUCUGAACAUAAUGGAGCCAAAAAAAUUCAAGACAUAUUAACUCAAGCAUCAAAGAGAUUUGAUAAAGACUUUGCAGUUCCUCAAGCUUUAGCAAGGCACUACUAUCUGAACGAAAAGAACUUUGCCCUUGCAAAGGACUGGGCGAACAAAUCUAAAGACAUCAAAGAAAAUUCAUACACAGUUGACACAGUUGGACAGGUGUCACGGAGUGAAAUAAGACACAGAAUGGAUCUCAGAAAGCAAGACAAAACACCACUCAUGCCUGAGGAUUUGAGAGAAUUUCUUGAGCUAGCUCAAGCUGCAAUUCAAGCUUUUCAAACAGCUCAAGUCUUGGCAAAGACGGAUGAUAUUGCUGAGGUUGAGGAGAGACGCCACUGGAAGCAAAACACUUACAACAUAUCUGGAUACAUAAGUGAGAUUGACAUCACUAUGACAGUCUUCGACAUUGUUAAAGGACUUCCGAUGUUUGAGGAAAAACACUCUCAUGCCUAUUUCAAGCAAGUUUUUAAAGGAAAAAUGCCCUUGACAUCCAUCCCCACAGAUCAAAGUGAUGCUCAAGAGAAAUUAAUCGCUGUGCUAAAAGAUUUUGAAAAAUUUCUGACUUCUUUGAAGCCAGCUUUAGACAGAGAUUUUAAGUUCCUUGAGGAAUUUUUCACUUAUACAAGAGAAAAAGGUGUUGACAAAGAAAAGCAGGAGAAGAACAGGAAAUGUAUCUCUGAUCACUUUAAAAGUUACAUGUCAUUAUUUUGUUCAUCUGAGGAAAAACAAAGUACAAAAAAAUUUAAACCUAAACUGAGCUCAUACAUGGAAAUUGAGGAGUGCAGGAUGUUUCUGGAAGAAAAAAGAGCAAACAACUUCCCACGAAUUCUUCAAUUUUUGGAAUCCCGGGAUGACAUGAUUGAACAAAUCGCUGAAAAACAUUCAUUCAUCUACAAGAACUCUAGCACCAAAUCUCAUCAGGAUUUAACCAAUCAUUUACUCGCACACAUAAUCCUUAAGGUGAUCAAACCUAAAUCAAAACGGGCAAAACCCCAAAAGGAAAUGACUGACCUCUUGAAGGAACUUUUGCAAGAAGUUGGAUUGCAGCACCAGUUUCCAGAGCCCUACUACCUUGCACUUCUGUUACUAUGGCCCAGGAAAAGUCAUAGUGACCAAAACAAAGAUAUAACAACAUAUGUGGAAAGAAUAAGGAUUUCAUGCCGAAAGCAGUUUUCCCACAUGUUUAGAGCCAGAACUCCCAUUGUCCAUUUUUAUCUUGGCAAAUCAGAUGGAUUAGACAGGCUGGUCUCCAAAGCUGCCCUUGAUGGUUUCUUCAGUAAAGUCCGAGAGCGAAAUGUUCUCUGGCAAAGUGCAGACAUUUUCAAGGAGCAGCAAGUUAAAGACAAGCUCCUCAGAAUAAAUGGCACUAUUGAGCAAGGAGAGCUUUAUGCUGAGUACGGCAACCUGAGGAUCCCCGUCAGACCUGCCUACCUUGGUGGAAUAAGAAGUGGGCACAGUACAGAGAAGGUGUCUUUCUAUGUUGGCUUUGCCAUCGAUGGACCGCUUGCCUAUGACAUUCAAUAUGAAGACAGUUAGACCAGCAACAAGAUGACCCUUGAGGAGCAAGGAAAUAUGCACCAGGUGCAUCCUGGAAACAACUUGCCAACAACAAGAACUGUUUUAUAAAGACUAUACAGACUUUGUGUGUUCAGAUUUAUGUCCUUACAUAUGGCGAUAUAUUUGUAGAUUUAGAUAUAUAUCCUUACAUAUGACGGUAUAUUUGUAGGUUUAGGUAUAUGUCCUUACAUAUUGUGGUAUAUUUGUAGGUUUAGGUAUAUGUCCUUACAUAUUGUGGUAUAUUUGUAGGUUUAGGUAUAUGUCCUUACAUAUUGUGGUAUAUUUGUAGGUUUAGGUAUAUGUUCUUACAUAUUGUGGUAUAUUUGUAGGUUUAGGUAUAUGUCCUUACAUAUGACAGUAUAUUUGUAUGUUUUGAUUUAUGUCCCUUUAAUAUGUGUGUGCAAUAGCUAGUAAGUAAUUUUCUAUUACUAAACAUGGAAACUGUAGGAGUUGUGAUGUGUUCCAUAGCUAGUACUGCACAGUGGGACUACACAG